AUGAACAAUUUAAUUAUAUCAUUUGUUUUAAUCGGUUGUUUCAAUUGCAUAGCCCAUGGUUACAAUGUACCCAUCGGGUUAGGAGCAAGUACUCAACAGCAACAAUUUACUAAUAGUUAUGGACAAUCAUCGAUGGGUAUUGGCGGACAAUCAAGUAAACAGUAUCAAUCGAACUCAAUGGACAUCGGAUCGAGCGGCGAAAAAGUUGUUUCCUCACAAUCGGUAUCAUCUUCGUCGGGUGGAAUGGGUCAACUUUCUCAAUCAACUUCAUCGGUCGGUGGUUUAGGUGGAUCAGCAUCUCAAACGGUCUCAUCUUCAAUGAGCGUUCCAGCCUCGAGUUCACUUUCAUACUCGAGUGUUUCGGGACCUUCAAUGAUUCCAAAUGGUCUUAACAACCAAGCCUCAUAUACUUCCUAUCAAUCAGGUUUAGAUUCAGGACUUACUUCCGGUGUAAGAUCAACCUCAUCUUCAGUAUCUGUACCUGAUUCCAGUCCAAUGGGUGGUUUAACUUCAACUACAACAACAAUAGCAUCUUCUUCAUCACCAUCACUCCCAACCUCCGGUACUUCAUCAAUGGUCAUCUCUGAUUCAUUAACUGGUAAUGUCGAUGAUAAUAUUGACGACGAUGAUGAUGUUAAUAGUGAUAAUCGAUUCCGAGGCUCAUCAUCAACAAUCUACAGACCCCGAGGACCUUUUGGAUCUCGAUGUGAAGACAAUGAAGGUGUUAUCAUCUAUAUCAAACCCGAAAGUAGAUGGGGACGAAUUGGCCGCCGAUCAUUUGCUCGAGCUGCUACUACUUCUAUUAGACACCGAAGACGAUUCGGUUCAACUGGUUCCAUGAGCGACGAUUAUGAUGAUGAUGAUGUUAAUGAUGAAUUCAACGAUAACGACGAUAAUGAUAGUUACGAUUAUAACAAUCGAGACCAAAGAGAUCGAAUGGAAAGAAGAGACAUUCGAACCGGAUUAAGAGUUCACCGUCGAGGAUCAAUUGAUAAAUCAAUUUCUCUAAUGACUGACAAGAAUUCUGUCAAUCAACGUUCUGACGAUUUAACCGUUCGAAAUGAAGAUUACCGAAACAACCAUAAAUCGUCAACAUUUUCCCGAUCAAACCUCUACGAUACCAAUGAAAGUAAUCAACAAUUUGAUAAAUCAGCAACAAUCGAGGUAAACAAACGAGUAAAUGUAAACAAUGAAGCUAAUUAUCAAAACAAUCGACGGGUCUCUCGAAGUAGCAAUGUAAACAAUCAAAAUUCAAACCUCGAGUCAAAUGUUAAUUAUUCAUCAGAUGUUUCCGAUCUCAAUUCAGUGAAUCAAAUUAAUCGAGUUAAUCGAAUCAACCGAAUCAACCGAAUCAAUCGAGUCAAUCGUAUCAACCGAGUGAACAAUAUCAACUCAGUUAAUGAACAGUAUGAUGUUAAUGAUGUUAAUUCAAUUAACAAUAUGGUUAAUGAUGAGCAAAGAUACAACAAUGUAAGAAGACAAUCAGCCACAAUUAACAAUCAAUAUGAUACUCGAUCAUCAACACUUAAUAACAAUCAAAUUAACAGUAACAACAUUGCCAAUCAAUAUGAAACCUCCCGAUCAUCAAAUAUUCAACAAUCAGCCAACAAUCAGUUUAACCAUCGAUCAACAGCCAACACUAACAACAAUUAUAUCAACAAUCAAUUGGAUCAUCGAUCAACUAAUAUUCAAUCAAAUUCUAACUCUUUGAAUAAUAUUAACAAUUCUUACGAUAAUUCAGUCUCUCGAAAUGUUCAACAAACUUCAUCAACCAACGUUGCCAAUUCAGCGAUUAACAAUAACAGUGUCAGUCGAUCAUCAAACGUCCAACAAUCAGUUAAUUCCCUUGAUUCAACCUACAAUCAAGAUCAUAGAUCAGUAAACAAUAAUGUAAACAUAAAUAAUCAACAAUCAGCUUUAAUCAAUUCGCAAACUUCUUUGAAAAAUACUAAUCAAUUUGAUGUGAAUCGAUCAACUUCAACCGCAGCAAUUUCCAGUAAUUCAGUUAACAAUCAAAACUUAAUCAACUCACAAGUUAGUCGAUCAUCAACUGUUAACAGUAACAAUAAUGCCGUUUAUGAUUCUCGAAACUCUCAAUCAAAUUCAUUAAUCAACAAUGAAUCAAACAUUAACCGAUUAUCGGUUGACCAAAAUACCCAACAGAAUUCAAUUAACUCAGUUAACAACUUGAACCGACAAUCAAGCACCAGCUCAUUGAAUGCUUACAAUUCAGCCAAUGUCGCCCGAUCAUCAACCGAUGUUUCAUCCUUAUCCUCAGUAAAUAACGUAGCUAAUUCCGAUUACAAUUCAAAUUCAAUCAGUCGAUCAGCUAAUAUCAAUUCAAACUCUCAGCAAACUUCCCUUAAUUCAGUCAACAAUUUGAACCGACAAUCAAACCUAAACUCAAUGAAUGCUUACAAUUCAGCCAAUGCCGUCCGAUCAUCAACCGAUGUUUCAUCCUUAUCCUCAGUAAACAACGUAGCCAAUUCCGAUUAUAACUCCAACUCAGUUAGUCGAUCAGCCGAUAUCAACUCAAAUAUCCAACAAAGUUCAGUUAACAAUUUAAACCGACAAUCAAGUACCAGUGCAUUGAAUAGUUUCAACUCCAACAUCGCCCGAUCAUCAAACGAUGUCUCAUCCCGAUCAUCAGUCAAUAAUAUCGCCAAUUCUGAUUAUAAUUCAAACUCAAUCAGUCAAUCAGCUAAUAUCAAUUCCAACACUCAACAAAGUUCAGUUAACUCAGUCAAUAGUUUGAACCGACAAUCAAACGUAAACUCAAUGAAUGCUUACAAUUCAGCCAAUGCCGUCCGAUCAUCAACCGAUGUUUCAUCAUUAUCAUCAGUAAACAAUGUAGCUAAUUCCGAUUACAAUUCAAAUUCAAUAAGAUCAUCAAAUGUUAAUUCAAAUUCUGUUAACAAUGCUUACAGUUCAAAAAAUGUUCUCAAUCGAUCAUCAAAUGAUAUUAGAAGUUCAGUAAACAAUCAGGUAUCUUCUUCCUCAACCAGUAACAACAAUCUAAUUAACUCAUCAAAGUCUUUCAACAGUCAACAACAAUCAACUAAUUUACAAAAUUCAGCCAACUCUGAUUACUCUUCAAGUAAUAUUAAUCGAUUGUCUUCAACUUCACAAUCAGCAUCAGAUUUGCGAAAUUCUAAUUCAGCCUUUUUAUCCUCCAACAAUCAAAAGUCAAUCUAUGAUUCUAGUCAAUCAUCAUCAGCUAAAUCAACCUAUGGUUCAUCAACUAAUUCUGGUUCAUUUAAUCAGAUGAGCUCAAGCUCAGCCAAUAAUGGACUUGGUUCAUCUACCACUUCAAGUGUCUCAUCAAGUUCAGGAGGUGGACUCAUCGGUGGUGUUUUAAACACGGCUACAAACCUCUUAGGAGCUGGUGGUAGUUCAGGAUCAUCUAACGGUGGACUAAUUGGAGGUGUAUUGAACACUGCAACUGGUCUCCUUGGCGGUGGAUCAAGUUCUGGAUCAGGAUCAUCAUCAUCAUCUGGAGGUCUUCUUGGAAGUCUAUUAGGUGGUGGAUCAUCUAGUGGAUCCUCAGGCGGUGGACUUCUUGGUCUCGGUGGAUCAAGUUCAGGCUCAAGUUCGUCCUCGGUCAGUGCAAGCGGAUCAUCAAGCGGAGGUCUCCUUGGAGGUCUUCUCGGUUAG